CCAUGUCUGUGCCCGCGCGGGUGCGUGCGCGUGGGGGUCGCCGCGGGAGCGAGGGCCGCAGGACUCCUGCAGAUGCCGGGCUGGACAUUGUGACUCAGCUGCUGCCGCCGCUGCCUUGUGGCCCCCUCGCGCUCCGGAGACCUCCGGUUGGGAUCCCCGCGGACUGACACUUCCCAGGAGGAGCAGGCUGGGCAGCCCCCGGGACGCGCGCCGUGGCUUUGCCCCCCACCCCGCCCUCCCGAUUCAUUUUGGAAGUUUCACAGCAGCUCUCAGCGGAGUUCUGAAGAUCGGUGGAAUUUUUGCCUUAUGCAUUUGUUUUGCUUGCAAAAAAAAAAAAAAUAAUAAUAAUAAAGGAAACUUGACAGAGGAUCAUGCUGUCCCUAAAAAUUACAAGUAAGUUCUUUGCGCAGGAAACUGGUUUCAUGUAACUUUCAAUGGAAACAUUUGCGAUUGUAACUUUAAGUGCAUUCGAGUAAGUUGCAUUUCCAGGCAGUGGAGUAACAGGCUCUGUAGCCGUGUGACUUGGAGUGUGUGUGACUCGCUUCGCCCCCCGGUCUGGAAGGGCAAAUGCACCUGAUUUUGACUUACUGGUGUUUUGUUUUGUUUUUGUUUUUAACCUUUCAGCAUCUCGGAGGAAGUCGAGCGAUAUGAACAGUCCUUAAUCAUAAUGUGCCUCAUGAAAUAAAGAUCCGCCAGGAUUUUAAAUAAAAAUUUCCUGCAGCUCAUGCCAACAGGGAAACACCAGAAUCGAGUGUUCCGCGUGACUGAAGACACCCCCUCAUCCAAGAAUGCAAAGCACAUCCAAUAAAAUAGCUGGAUUAUAAGCCUUCUUGUUCCUUGCGGGGCCGCGGGGCGCGCGCGGGGGCGCGAGGUGCUGCUGGUCCCCGGCCGCUCGCCCGCGGGCAGGAUGGCGCACGCCGGGAGAACAGGGUACGACAACCGGGAGAUCGUGAUGAAGUACAUCCACUAUAAGCUGGCGCAGAGGGGCUACGAGUGGGACGCCGGAGAGGGGGGCGCCGCGCCCCCGGGGGCCGCCCCCGCAGCGGGCCUCUCCUCCCCGCGGCCGGGGCGCCCGCCCGCGCUCGCCAGGACCUCGCAGCCGCCGCCCCCGGCCGCCCCCGGCGCCGCCGCGGGGCCCGCGCCCAGCCCGGUGCCACCUGUGGUCCACCUGACCCUGCGCCAGGCCGGCGACGACUUCUCCCGCCGCUACCGCCGCGACUUCGCCGAGAUGUCCAGCCAGCUGCACCUGACGCCCUUCACCGCGAGGGGACGCUUUGCCACGGUGGUGGAGGAGCUCUUCAGGGAUGGGGUGAACUGGGGGAGGAUUGUGGCCUUCUUUGAGUUCGGUGGGGUCAUGUGCGUGGAGAGCGUCAACCGGGAGAUGUCGCCCCUGGUGGACAACAUCGCCCUGUGGAUGACCGAGUACCUGAACCGGCACCUGCACACCUGGAUCCAGGAUAACGGAGGCUGGGAUGCCUUCGUGGAGCUGUACGGACCCAGCAUGCGACCUCUCUUUGAUUUCUCCUGGCUGUCUCUGAAGGCGCUGCUCAGCCUGGCCCUGGUGGGGGCAUGCAUCAGCCUGGGCGCCUACCUGGGCCACAAGUGAAGUCAGCAGACCUGCCACCAACAAAUAUGCAAAAGGUUCACUAAAGCAGUAGAAAUAAUAUGCAUUGUCGGUGAUGUACCAUGAGAAACUGCCAUGAGAAGCUGCCGUCUCUUACAAACAAAAAACAAAAACCGCUUUCAGGCAAAACGUCGAAUCAUCAGCUACUUACUGCCAAAGGGAAAUACCGUUUAUUUUUUACAUUGUGGAGAAAAAAGAUUUAUUUAUUUAAGACAGUCCCAUCAAACCUCCUGUUUUUGGAAACCCUACCACCAAGAGCCAAGCCCCACCUGUGCGCCUCCACCUGCAUCUCCUGUGCCUCUAAAUGUGGACUUAUUCUCCAUUUUGUUGGCCGGACUGAAUCACCGUCUGAAGAGCAAACGGGCUGACAAAGCACUUGACUGUUCCAGAAGCCGGGGCUCUGGCUGCUGGAGGGUGGGAAGAGGUGUUCAUUUUCCAUGCAUUUGUUUGCCCCGGGGGCUGUGAUAUUCAUCAAGGGAAGGCGCUGGGAGGGAAGUCCUUUCCUCCCUGGCCUAAAGAACAGACACUUUGCAUAAGGCUCCCAUGGUACAUACCCGUUUGGAAGUAAAGAUAAAACCAAACGGGAACUUCAGAUGGACUUGGUAUCCGUCAAGAUUUCCACAUCGAAGGACAGCGAUGGGGAAAAUGCCCUUAAACCAUAGGAAAGUAUUUUUUUAAGCUACCAAUUGUGCCGAGAACCAUUUUAGCAAUUUAUACAAUAUCAUCCAGUACCUUAAGCCCUGAUGUGUAUAUUCAUAUAUUUUGGAUACACUCCCCCUCCAAAUACUGGCUCUGUCUGUGUAUAAAGCAGAAUCCUCGGCAGCCAGGGACGUGGCCUACCCCGCAGCAUCCGGCCGCCACAAGUGCCUGCUUUCCCAAAACAGGCCGCAGUCUGAGGUCCGGCCUGACCCGGCUCCGAGGCCUCCUCCUGGAACUGAGCCUGGGCACUGCUGGCCCGCCCGCCCCAGGGCCUUGACGCAGAGCCAGGUGGUCUCAAAGCCGACAGAGCUCAGCAGGCUACCACGAGGACUGGGCAGGAGUGAGACUGGCCUGUCACCCCGGGGCCUCUGGUCAGGCCCUGGCUGCAGGUGGACCCGCCAGCCCAGGCCCUUAAGACAUUGAUCACUGUAGAGGGAAGGAAGCAGAGGCACCGCACCACUCCCGGCGCCGGAGACCACGCUGCUGGCAAAGCCCCCGCAGAGGAGACGCCCAGCCUGUGCGCAGUGAGGCCGCGGUGCAAGCGCACUGGCUGCUCGGCCGCAGAUGAAAGCAAGGCUUUAAAAUGACUUUGGGGAGGGUCAUGCAUCCUGCAGGAAACAUUGAAAUGAGGCGUCAUAGACGAAUGGACCUGCGUCCUUGGAAUUACGAUGUCAAACACGGUCUUGUCCUUGCAGUUGGGUUAUAUUUGAAAACCUGACAGAGGGAAGAGAAAGGUACUACUGGAAUCCAGCAGUAGUGCGUCCUGGGACAGUCAAAAAGAAAAACAAAAAACAAAAAACAGUGGCGGAAAAUCCUAGAACGUAGCAAAAGAAGUGAAAUAUCCAGCUAAUAAACUAGAAAAUAUUUUUUUUCAAGUUGAGAAUCAGCCUUGAGACAUAGGUGGAAUAACUGUGGCAUUAUUGCAUUAUAUACCAUUUAUCUGUAUUAACUUUGGAAUGUACUAUGUUCAAUGUUUAAUGCUGUGGUUGAUAUUUCGAAAGCUGCUUUUUAAAAAAAAAAUACAUGCAUCUCAGCAUUUUUAAAAAAUUGUAUUUAGUUAUGGCCUGUACACAGUUUGUUAGCAAAGAUGAUCGUUUGUUUUCCAUUUGAGAUUUUUGUCUCUUAAUUCUUUAAAAGCAUUUCUGAGAAGGUGAGAGAAGCCUGCAUGUCAGCCACCUGAGAACCCCUGGAGCACGGUGGCCACUGAGGAGUUUUGCCUCGACCAAGUCAUGUGCUUUUCCAUGUCAAGGCGAUGGAUUAUUGUGAGGCAUACAUCUGUUGUCCCUUUGACCUUGUUCCUUGAAGGUUUACUUGUCCCUGGGAAAAUCAGUUUCACUCAUCGUAUUUAGGACUGUAUCCAUGUUUGGUUAAAACCAUAAGAUUCGUUCAGCUGAAAAUCCAGAUGGGAGAUAAUGACCGGAGAGUUAAAUUCUGGCUGUGAUGGCUUGACCUUUAGAGGGGCUUUACAUGGCCUGUUUCAACAUAGACCCAUCUAGAACUCUCCUGCCCUCCUACCACGGGGUUCUUUUUCCGGAGUCGUUCUUCAGGUUCGUCCUGAAAUGCAAAGGCACUUCUGCCCCACACCGAAAAAGCAGGAAACCCAUGGUAUGAAGCCAGACCUCCCUGGCGGGCCUCAGGGAACAGGACGAUCAGACCUUUGAAUGAUUCUAAUUCUUAAGUGAAAUAUUAUUUUAUGAAAGGUUUACAUUGUCAAAAGUGAUGAGUAUGAAAUAUCAAACCCUGCGCUGCUAUCCUACCAAGAUGGUCGUAACGGAGUCAGUUUGCAGUACACUCCAAGUGGCAAGACCCUCCAAGCUGCUUUAGAAGUAACAAUGAAGAACAUGGACAUUUUUAAUAUAAAGCUUGUUCGUCUUUUGUUGUUGUUGUUCAAACUGGGAUUUGCAGAGUAUUCUAAAAAUGUAUAUAAAAAAAGGUCACGGGGGCUAGCCUCUGCCUGGUUUCCUCUUGCUGUGGGGUUUUGUUAGCUGGUUAGGUAGACACGCCGGCCGCUGGCCCCAGGCUGUACAGCAUCAUGGCUGCACUCGCUAUAAGAGUAGUUGAUGUUGCAUUUUUCCUGUUGUUAAAAAACUGUUAGAAGCAAUGAAUGUAUAUAAAAGCCUCAACUUCUCAUUUUUUUCUCUUUUUUUUUUUUUUAACUGUCUCAAUUAUUUUGUGAUCAGACAACAUGGAACAAUUCCUACCUGUUUUGUGUUGAGAAGGGAUUUGUACCUGAAUUGCCAUCUUCACGGUGCAUAUGUUGGCCAAGGUCAGGGUUAAACAGAACACGUGUGCUUUCCAAAUUGGGGUCAAGGGCUGGAAAAAGAGCCUCAAGGAGAAAAACACCCAAGAACCUUUGCCAUCCACCUAAACCCUAACUGCACACGAAAGAGAGAGAUCACAAUGACAGCUGACAUGUUCUAGAAUAAACAGCUCAUCUCACAAGAUUUUACAGUGGCUGAACAUUCUUAUAGGCUUGAGAUUUGGAUUAAAGUCACAUUUCGAUUUAAGGAAGCACCUUGCUAUAGUUCAAGCAAAAAAAAAGGUAGAUGGCAGACUCUGCCCCAACCCUCUUAUAUCUGCAUAUUCAGAGAUGACCUUCCAUUUAGAUGUGACUUUGUUUCACUAGUCAAUGUAUAUUGUUCUUAUCUAAGGACCUAGUCCUGGCUCAGUGUGGGAAAUUAGGAAGUGAUUAUAAACUGAGGAACUAGAAUAAUCGAAAUUAAACAUAAGUAGGGCAGCCCCAAGACAUCCCUCUUUUACACCAAGGGUCUGUUCAACAGAAUCACAAAUAGUCUAUAAUUAGACGUAUGCAAAAAUGACUAAUUUAUAAAUGUGAACUUAAAUUCUAAUUUUUUCAAUUGCACUGUUAAGGCAGUGGCUGUUUUUAUACUUCCUUAUCACUUAUAGUUAGUAAUGUAUACCUACUCUAUCAGAAAAAAACAGGAAGGGCUUGAAAUGUAAGCCAUUUGGAGGAAAUUAGGGAGUCAGUUGAAAUUCUAUUCUGAUCUUAUUUUGUGGUGUCUUUUGCAGCCCAGACAAAUGUGGUUACACACGUUUUAAGAAAUACAAUUCUACAUUGUCAGGCUUAUGAAGGUUCCAAUCAGAUCUUUAUUGUUAUUCAAUUUGGAUCUUUCAGGGAUUUUUUUGUUAAUUAUUAUGGGACAAAGGACAUUUGUUGCAGGGGUGGGAGAGAGGAAGAAUUUUCAAAUGAGCAAAAACAUUCCCAAGAUUGGAUCAAGAGCGGGAGAAUAGACAGGACUGUGGGGUAUGAAAUGAUAGCAAGUGGCACUGCGACCUUGACUCUGGUCAAUGUGAUACCCCCAAGAAGUACAUUACCUGAGAAAUGAGAAACAUUUUAAAGUCCUGUGGCUAUAUUUAGAAUCUAGAGACAUCAGCGCUACUCAGAGUUCAGUUCUAUGUACAGUACAGGUGCACCAACACUUUUAUUAAACAUUUGCCAUCAGUGGUAAAAAUUUCAAUCCUUGAUAUGCCUAAUGGCUAGUUAAACAAUAAAUCUGCAGUUUGAAUCAACAGAAUAUUUAACAACAACCUUCUGGUUGGUAGGGACAUAUGUUUCUAAAUAUUUGCUAUACACAACACAGGGGGGAGUGGGAAGAAAAAACUGUGAAACUGAAUUGGUUAAGUGAUAAUACAAGUCCCUUGUCCUUUCCCAAAGAAUCAUUCUGUUCCAUGUCUGUGCGCAUAGGACAGACCUUGGACAACCAUGAAAUAUGCAUCCCUCUGGGCCCAAAGAAAACCAGAUGGAGUCUGAGUGGUAUUGCACCAAUUCAUCAUGACUAACCCAGAAAAAUACAGCCAAUAGCCUAUUGAUGACAAGGUUGUUUUGUGUGCCAAGGUAAGCCCAGCAGACAAAAACAUUUGUGGAAGAUGGAAAGGCUUCAUCAAAAAAUCCUGUGAGUGUUACUAAAUAUGACUAUAGUGUAGAUCCUUUGUAAUGCCAUAUACCUAGACCUUUUGGGCUCUGCAGUGGGCCUUUCUGCUAGCUCAUUUCAUUAAGUUUUUCUCUCCAGGGUAGCAUUUGAAGGAAUGAUAGCCCAUCGAAUUUAUUUUGGGGAAGAGUUGGUGGUUGUGUUUAUUAUACUCUCUUUAUAAGUUUUCAACAAAGUUUUGCUUUUGUUUUGAGUUACUGGGGUCGUUUUUGUUUUCAAUAAAAUAAAUGUAUAAAAAGUACAUUAGUAUUGAAAGCUUUUGUUAACAAGAUUUUCACACCUUAACCUUCCAGUUAUCUAGAUGGAUAACUUUUUAGGGAUGACUGAUACUCUGCAGCGUUGUACACACAAAACCCAUAUACGGUAAGCAUACUUUAGAUUGUUAAGUAAAGCAAGUCUCUAGUUGGCCAGCAUUAAAUAUAAUGGCACUUUCCUUGUGUUGUCAGAAAAAGUCACAUUGCCAUAAAACUUUCCUUGUCUGUCCAGUUAAUAUUGUGGAAAAAAUAAAGUACAAUAUGAGUUACUGGU